AUGGAUUCACUUCAAAUGAAGAAGAUUCAAUCCAUCAACAAGUACAGGAAACAGAGGCUUCUCAACAAGGUCAUGCUCUACUCUUUCACUUCCAUGACUUGCAUUUUGAUUCUCUCAAGUCCUAUUUGGUAUCCCCUUCUUCGCUCUUUCGUAAAAUCCCUUCUCUUCGACUCUGUUCCUAAACUGGGUGCUCUGUGUUUCAGUUCUAAGUGCAUUUUCUUAGUUGGAAACAUUAUAGUCAUCGUUCUUGUUGGAGAGUCCAAGAUUUUCAAAUCAAGUUCUAAUGUACUGAAACAGAGCUAUGCAGCAGAGCAAGAAGAUGAGGAUAAGAACUUCAUCUUUGUUACAGGAGAGUGUACGAUUUCAACAUCAAAAUAUUCUUCUUCUUUACCUGUUAGUGUAAAUUUUAAAUUUGGGGUAGAGCAAGAAGAGGAAUUUUAUUCAAAACAAGAAGAAGAGGAAAAGGGAAGUGUUAAUCUUGAAAAUGUGAUGGAUGGGAUCAAGGGAAACUACUGUACAAGUAAUUACAGAGAGAAUGAAGAAUUAGAGAAAUUUGAAACAGAGCAUAAUGAAUUGAGCAAGAGAGCUGAUGAUUUCAUUGCAAGAGUCAAUAAUCAAAUUAGACUUGAAGCUGUAUCAAUGAUUUAG